GGGGGUGUGGCUCCUUUGGCGCGGAAAGAGGGGGAGCUCCCGCCAUUCCCCACCAUUAACCUCUUCUCCCGGGGAACAAAACACCGCUGUUCUUCCCUUUGCCCCCCCUCGAUCGAUCGCCAUCGAUCGAUCUCGUGCGGGAAGCGAUCGAUCUCGUGCGGGAAUCUUUGGGGGAGGGAUUUAAUCUGUUGGUGUGCACGCGAGGAAUUAAUCGAAAAUGGUUUGCAGGUCGUGCGCGAUGAUCCGCUGAGCGGGGGGCGGCCACCAGAUCAGCCCGCGCAUCCAACUCCGGCGAGAGGAGGAGGAGGAAGAAGAAGAUGUCUUGCUGCGGAGGCGCCGAGGAGGACAGCUACGGCCCGCCGGCGAACCAGGCCGCUCCGCCGCCCAACGUCAAUGCUCCCGGGAAUAGAGGCGGGCCGAGAGGGCCGGGGGCGGCGCGGCCGGGCGGGCCGCCGAAGCCGGUGAACAUCGACGUGCCGGCGAUACCGUUCGAGGAGCUGAAGAAGAUCACCAGCAACUUCAGCGACCGCGCCCUCAUCGGCGAGGGCUCCUACGGCCGCGUCUACAACGGCACGCUCAGCGACGGCCGCGCCGCCGUCAUCAAGAAGCUCGACCCCGGCGCCUCCCAGGAGACCGACUCCGAGUUCUCCGCCCAGAUAGCGAUGGUGUCCAAGCUCAAGAACGAGUACUUCCUGGAGCUCUUGGGCUACUGCUUGGAAGACGGCAACCGCAUGCUGGCCUACCAGUUUGCAACCAUGGGUUCUUUACACAACAUUCUUCACGGUAAGAAGGGAGUCCAGGGCGCGGAGCCCGGCCCGGUUCUGAACUGGGCGCAACGGGUCAAGAUAGCUUAUGGGGCGGCGAGAGGGCUGGAGUACCUCCAUGAGAAAGUGCAGCCAUCGAUCGUUCAUCGAGAUGUUCGGUCUAGCAAUGUUCUUAUAUUCGACGAGUUCAGCUCGAAGAUCGCCGAUUUCAACCUGACGAACCAGGGCACCGACACCGCUGCCCGGUUGCAUUCGACUAGGGUGCUAGGAACAUUUGGAUACCAUGCUCCAGAAUAUGCCAUGACAGGGCAAAUAAAUCAGAAGAGCGAUGUUUACAGCUUUGGCGUGAUUCUAUUGGAGCUACUAACCGGAAGGAAACCAGUUGAUCACACCAUGCCAAAAGGGCAACAAAGUCUUGUCACUUGGGCUACUCCAAGAUUGAGCGAAGAUAAAGUUAAGCAGUGCGUCGAUCCAAAGCUCAACAAUGAUUACCCUCCGAAGGCUGUCGCAAAGCUAGCAGCAGUUGCAGCAUUGUGCGUUCAGUACGAAGCCGACUUCCGACCGAACAUGACGAUCGUCGUGAAGGCAAUCCAGCCUCUUCUGAAUACAAAACCAGCUGGGCCUGCAGAGCCACCACCUGCCUGAUCAGAUUGUAUGGGAGUUCUGCUCUAGGCAGACAGGGGAAAAAAAACCACACAAACUUUGCAUGGUUUCCUGUGUUUUCACAUCAGGCAGUGUAUGUUUUAAGAAGCCAUGCAACUUGGAGGAGCACCAAUUCGGCAUGAUUUUUUGUAAAACACUGAUCCAUUGGUACCACAGGGUAUAUUACAUAUAGAGGGGGUAUUUUGCUAACUGGUGUAAUGAAUUAAGUUAUUCUUUGUCGUGUCAUGGUGUAAUUUUAAGGUCCUUCAAAAGCUUGCAUAGAACCAAGGAUUGCAUGAUGCAUUCCCAAGAACUUCCAUGGCUGCCUCUUUUUCUUAUAUUUGUAUAGAACUUUGGAAUUAAUAGUAGUUUUUCUUCUUCUUUUUUUC